ACUCCCUUUGAAUACAUGAUUUUAGCCACCAUCAUCGCAAACUGCAUCGUCCUCGCGCUGGAGCAACAUCUGCCUGAUGACGACAAGACCCCGAUGUCCGAGCGGCUGGAUGACACUGAACCAUACUUCAUUGGAAUUUUUUGUUUCGAGGCUGGAAUUAAAAUCAUCGCCCUUGGGUUUGCCUUCCACAAAGGCUCUUACUUGAGGAAUGGCUGGAACGUCAUGGACUUCGUGGUGGUGCUAACAGGCAUCUUGGCGACAGUUGGGACAGAGUUUGACCUGCGGACGCUGAGGGCAGUUCGGGUGCUGCGGCCGCUCAAGCUGGUGUCUGGAAUCCCAAGUUUACAAGUCGUCCUGAAGUCGAUCAUGAAGGCAAUGAUCCCUCUGCUGCAGAUUGGCCUCCUCCUGUUUUUUGCAAUCCUUAUUUUUGCAAUCAUAGGGUUAGAAUUUUAUAUGGGAAAAUUUCAUACCACCUGCUUUGAAGAGGGGACAGAUGACAUUCAGGGUGAGUCUCCGGCUCCGUGUGGGACAGAAGAACCCGCCCGCACCUGCCCCAAUGGGACCAAAUGUCAGCCCUACUGGGAAGGGCCCAACAACGGGAUCACUCAGUUUGACAACAUCCUGUUUGCAGUGCUGACUGUUUUCCAGUGCAUCACCAUGGAAGGGUGGACUGAUCUCCUCUACAAUAGCAACGAUGCCUCAGGGAACACUUGGAACUGGUUAUACUUUAUCCCCCUCAUCAUCAUCGGCUCCUUUUUUAUGCUGAACCUCGUGCUGGGCGUCCUGUCAGGGGAGUUUGCCAAAGAGAGGGAGCGGGUGGAAAACCGGAGGGCUUUUCUGAAGCUGAGGCGGCAACAGCAGAUUGAACGCGAGCUCAAUGGGUACAUGGAAUGGAUCUCAAAAGCAGAAGAGGUGAUCCUCGCGGAAGACGACACAGAUACAGAACAGAGGCAUCCCUUUGAUGGUAACUCUCUGCGGAGAGCCACCAUCAAGAAGAGCAAGACAGACCUGCUCCACCCAGAGGAGGCCGAGGAUCAGCUGGCCGACAUCGCCUCCGUGGGUUCUCCCUUUGCCCGAGCCAGCAUUAAAAGUGCCAAGCUGGAGAACUCGACUUUUUUCCACAAAAAGGAGAGGAGGAUGCGUUUCUACAUCCGCCGCAUGGUCAAAACUCAGGCCUUCUACUGGACUGUGCUCAGUCUGGUAGCCCUCAACACGCUGUGUGUUGCUAUCGUUCAUUACAACCAGCCCGAGUGGCUCUCCGACUUCCUUUACUAUGCAGAAUUCAUUUUCUUAGGACUCUUUAUGUCCGAAAUGUUUAUAAAAAUGUACGGGCUUGGGACGCGGCCUUACUUCCACUCUUCCUUCAACUGCUUUGACUGUGGGGUUAUCAUUGGAAGCAUCUUUGAGGUCAUCUGGGCCGUCAUAAAACCCGGCACAUCCUUCGGAAUCAGCGUGUUACGAGCUCUCAGGUUAUUGCGUAUUUUCAAAGUCACAAAGUACUGGGCCUCUCUCCGAAACCUGGUCGUCUCUCUCCUCAACUCCAUGAAAUCCAUCAUCAGCCUGUUGUUCCUCCUCUUCCUGUUCAUCGUGGUCUUCGCCCUUUUGGGAAUGCAGCUUUUUGGCGGCCAGUUUAAUUUCGAUGAAGGGACUCCUCCUACCAACUUCGAUACUUUUCCAGCAGCAAUAAUGACGGUGUUUCAGAUCCUGACGGGCGAAGACUGGAAUGAGGUCAUGUACGAUGGCAUCAAGUCCCAGGGGGGCGUGCAGGGAGGCAUGGUGUUCUCCAUCUACUUCAUCGUCCUGACGCUGUUCGGCAACUACACCCUCCUGAAUGUGUUCUUGGCCAUCGCUGUGGACAACCUGGCCAACGCCCAGGAACUCACCAAGGUGGAGGCGGAUGAACAAGAAGAGGAGGAAGCAGCCAACCAGAAACUUGCCCUCCAGAAAGCCAAGGAGGUGGCAGAAGUGAGUCCUCUGUCUGCAGCCAACAUGUCCAUAACUGUGAAGGAGCAGCAGAGGCUCCAGAAGCCGGCCAAGUCCGUGUGGGAGCAGCGGACCAGCGAGAUGCGGAAGCAGAACCUGCUGGCCAGCCGCGAGGCGCUCUACGGCGAGCUGGACCCCGACGAGCGCUGGAAGGCCGCCUACGCGCGCCACCUGCGGCCCGACAUGAAGACGCACCUGGACCGGCCGCUGGUGGUGGACCCGCAGGAGAACCGCAACAACAACACCAACAAGAGCCGCGCGGCGGAAGAGAACCAGGGCUCGGGGAUGCCCAUGUCGGGGCCCAACCUGUCGACCACCCGGCCCAUCCAGCAGGACCUGGGCCGCCCAGAGCCGCCCCUGGCCGAGGACAUCGACAACAUGAAGAACAACAAACUGGCUACCGCGGAGUCGGCGCCCCACGACACGGCCCAGUUUGGACUUGACCGCAUUCCGGUGAACAAAAACGCCAACCCAGACCCACUGCCAAAGAAAGAGGAAGAGAAGAAGGAGGAGGAACAGGAUGACCCCGGGGAAGACGGCCCCAAGCCCAUGCCUCCUUACAGUUCCAUGUUUAUCCUGUCCACGACCAACCCCCUUCGCCGCCUGUGCCAUUACAUCCUGAACCUGCGCUACUUUGAGAUGUGCAUUCUCAUGGUCAUCGCCAUGAGCAGCAUUGCCCUGGCAGCCGAGGACCCCGUGCAGCCCAACGCGCCACGGAACAACGUGCUGCGAUAUUUUGACUACGUGUUCACGGGCGUCUUCACCUUCGAGAUGGUGAUUAAGAUGAUCGACCUGGGGCUCGUCCUGCAUCAGGGCGCCUACUUCCGCGACCUCUGGAACAUUCUGGACUUCAUAGUGGUCAGUGGGGCGCUGGUGGCCUUCGCCUUCACUGGCAACAGCAAAGGAAAGGAUAUCAACACGAUUAAAUCCCUCCGAGUCCUCCGGGUGCUACGACCUCUUAAAACCAUCAAGCGAUUGCCAAAGCUCAAGGCCGUGUUCGACUGUGUGGUGAACUCGCUCAAAAACGUCUUCAACAUCCUCAUCGUCUACAUGCUGUUCAUGUUCAUUUUUGCCGUGGUGGCUGUGCAGCUCUUCAAGGGCAAAUUCUUCCACUGCACUGACGAGUCCAAGGAAUUCGAGAAGGAUUGUCGGGGAAAGUACCUCCUGUACGAGAAGAACGAGGUGAAGGCCCGAGACCGAGAGUGGAGGAAGUACGAGUUCCACUACGACAACGUGCUGUGGGCGCUGCUGACGCUGUUCACUGUGUCCACGGGAGAAGGCUGGCCACAGGUCCUCAAGCACUCGGUGGAUGCCACCUUUGAGAACCAGGGCCCCAGCCCCGGGUACCGCAUGGAGAUGUCCAUUUUCUACGUCGUCUACUUCGUGGUGUUCCCCUUCUUCUUCGUCAACAUCUUUGUGGCCUUGAUCAUUAUCACCUUCCAGGAGCAGGGGGACAAGAUGAUGGAGGAGUACAGCCUGGAGAAGAACGAGAGGGCGUGCAUCGACUUUGCCAUCAGCGCCAAGCCGCUGACGCGACACAUGCCCCAGAACAAGCAGAGCUUCCAGUACCGGAUGUGGCAGUUUGUGGUGUCUCCGCCCUUCGAGUACACCAUUAUGGCCAUGAUCGCCCUCAACACCGUCGUGCUGAUGAUGAAGUUCUAUGGGGCCUCGGUUGCUUAUGAAAACGCGCUGAGGGUGUUCAACAUCGUGUUUACCUCCCUGUUCUCUCUGGAAUGUCUGCUGAAAGUCAUGGCUUUUGGGAUUCUGAACUAUUUCCGCGAUGCCUGGAACAUCUUCGACUUUGUGACCGUUCUGGGCAGCAUCACUGACAUCCUGGUGACUGAGUUUGGGAAUCCGAAUAACUUCAUCAACCUGAGCUUCCUCCGCCUCUUCCGAGCUGCCCGGCUCAUCAAACUCCUCCGUCAGGGUUACACCAUCCGCAUCCUUCUCUGGACCUUCGUUCAGUCCUUCAAGGCCCUGCCCUAUGUCUGUCUGCUGAUUGCCAUGCUUUUCUUCAUCUACGCCAUCAUCGGGAUGCAGGUGUUUGGCAACAUUGGUAUCGACGUGGAGGACGAGGACAGUGACGAAGAUGAGUUCCAAAUCACUGAGCACAAUAACUUCCGGACCUUCUUCCAGGCCCUCAUGCUUCUCUUCCGGAGUGCCACCGGGGAGGCGUGGCACAACAUCAUGCUGUCCUGCCUCAGCGGGAAACCAUGUGACAAGAACUCGGGCAUCCUGACUCGGGAGUGCGGCAAUGAAUUUGCCUAUUUUUACUUCGUCUCCUUCAUCUUCCUCUGCUCGUUCCUGAUGCUGAACCUCUUUGUCGCUGUCAUCAUGGACAACUUUGAGUACCUCACCAGAGACUCCUCCAUCCUGGGCCCCCACCACCUGGACGAGUACGUGCGUGUCUGGGCCGAGUAUGACCCCGCAGCUUGGGGCCGCAUGCCUUACCCGGACAUGUAUCAGAUGCUGAGACACAUGUCUCCGCCCCUGGGUCUGGGGAAGAAGUGUCCGGCGAGAGUGGCUUACAAGAGGCUCCUACGGAUGGACCUGCCUGUCGCGGACGACAACACCGUGCACUUCAACUCGACCCUAAUGGCUCUGAUCCGCACGGCUCUGGACAUCAAGAUAGCCAAGGGAGGGGCUGACAAGCAGCAGAUGGACGCUGAGCUGCGGAAGGAGAUGAUGGCCAUCUGGCCCAACCUGUCCCAGAAGACGCUGGACCUGCUGGUGACGCCACACAAGUCCACCGACCUGACCGUGGGGAAGAUCUAUGCGGCCAUGAUGAUCAUGGAAUACUACCGGCAGAGCAAGGCCAAGAAGCUGCAGGCCAUGCGCGAGGAGCAGGACCGGACGCCACUCAUGUUCCAGCGCAUGGAGCCCCCGUCCCCAACGCAGGAAGGGGGGCCGGGCCAGAACACCCUCCCCUCCACCCAGCUGGACCCUGGAGGAGGCCUGAUGUCCCACGAAGGCGGCCUCAAGGAGAGCCCGUCCUGGGUGACGCAGCGGGCCCAGGAGAUGUUCCAGAAGACGGGCACGUGGAGCCCAGAGCGGGGCCCCCCCACUGACAUGCCCAACAGCCAGCCCAACUCGCAGUCCGUGGAGAUGCGAGAGAUGGGCCGAGAUGGCUACUCCGACAGUGAGCACUACCUCCCCAUGGAAGGCCAGGCCCGGGCCGCCUCCAUGCCCCGCCUCCCCGCGGAGAACCAGAGGAGAAGGGGCCGGCCACGUGGGAAUAACCUCAGUACCAUCUCAGACACCAGCCCCAUGAAGCGCUCAGCCUCUGUGCUGGGCCCCAAGGCCCGGCGCCUGGACGACUACUCAUUGGAGCGGGUUCCGCCGGAGGAGAACCAGCGGCACCACCAGCGGCGCCGCGACCGCGGCCACCGCACCUCCGAGCGCUCUCUGGGCCGCUACACCGACGUGGACACAG